CACAGAAGGCCGAUGGAGGAAGCAGGAAGUGCGUCUAACCCAGAACAACCAGAGCACAUAAACAAUACACAAAGAAACAGGGCAAGAAGUCAAACACAAAGUUUCACACAUUAAUCAGCAAUGGCCGGCAUUAAAGCGCUGGUCGGUUUGUCCUUCAGUGGGGCCAUUGGACUUACAUUUCUUCUUCUGGGCUGUGCACUGGAGCAGUACGGGGUAUACUGGCCGUUGUUUGUCCUGAUAUUCUACAUAUUGAGCCCCAUCCCGACCUUCAUAUCCAGACGCCUCAGUGAUGACACUGACUCCUCCAGCAACGCGUGCAGAGAGCUGGCCUACUUCUUAACAACUGGCAUCGUGGUAUCGUCUUUUGGGCUUCCCAUUGUGCUAGCCCGCACCAGCACAAUCCAGUGGGGUGCCUGCGGUCUGGUGAUGACAGGAAACGCUGUCAUCUUCCUCACCAUCCUUGGCUUCUUUUUCGUGUUCGGAGGCGGGGAUGACUUCAGCUGGGAGCAGUGGUAGAGUGCCCUCAGACGGUGGACAGAUAGAAGGACAGAUGGAUGGAUGGAUGGGUGGGUAGGUGGAUAGUUGAAUGGAUAGACUGCAGACUGAGGGGCACGUGUGUCCUGCAUUCAAUAGGGGAUGCAGGGUAGGCUGCAAAAUGUCAAAAUUACUGGGCAAGUUUUCAGGCCGAUUUUUUUUAUAUUAAAGGGUAUGAGAAAACACUAUGUACCCUAUUAAUGUGCCUUAUGUCUGGGACCAGAGAGACACUGAUGCCUAUCCACCUUAACCCAUAUAUUUUAGCUUGUCUCGCCUUUGUUUCAACCCCCCAAAUCAACCUUCUCAUUGCAGCUGCGUGCUAUUUCCUUAUGCUUCAGUUAAUCAAUAUCAAUAAGGGAUCCUAAAGGGUAACUUUAUUGUAAUGUUCACGGCAAUGCUCACUGCCUUAUCUGUCCUCGUUGUUCAAAGGGGGAAGUGGCUAUACCGAAUUAUGGCUUGCUUAUUAUGAGCACUGUUUGCUCUUUAACGUGUGAAGGCAGGGCAAAGUUAUCUUAAUCCAUGCUAUCUGACAACUAGUUGUAGGAUUCCUAAUCAGGUAAAGAUAUAUUUGUAUGGAGAUGAUGUGCUUUUUUUGUUUUCAUUUUUCUACAAGGCUUUAAAGCCUUACUUUUUUGUUCUGGUGCAAUUGUUUACAUUCUCACCAAAGAUCAUUUUAGAGUGCAAAAAUGGAGCGUCUGAGCUGUGGAUUUUAUGGAUCUGUGCUAUGCAGCAAUAUGAUUUUCAAAAGCAAGCGGAGGCAUCUGGAGAAAGCACUGUUUAGUGAGAAUUGUACAUCUAAGUUGUACAAUUCACCCUUCGCUAAGCCCCUCCCCCCUUGGUUACUGUUGCUAGGCCUGUCAAGCUUUUGCACCCGGCAUGUCAUUAUGGCGUUUUCAAUGAUAUCAGUGAGAGAUAUUCCAAAGGAACUAAUGGCAGAUUUCUGUAAUAAUUGUUCUGAAAUAUCAGAGAGAAGUAGACAGAAUGGAUUACAAUAUGAAUUUGAGUGCUACAUUCACAAUAUAGGCCACUAAAAUCAAGGCACCCCACGCAACUCACGUGAAGGACAAACAUAUACAGGAACAACAAUGUUCCUGCACAACAGGGUAAGUCAAUAUAUUGUUAUUUAAAGCUAAGUUAAUGUUUAGUUAUGACUCCCUAUAGCUUUCAUUAUAAAAUAUAAAUCCAUUUAUAUCCAUUUGUUUAAAGUGGGCGAGGAUAUUGCUCACACGUGUGGGCUUGAUCCAUCCACUAGAUCUCACAAAUCAAUAAUAAUUCAUAUUCAACCGUCUUUGUUUGCUAACAUGCACAAUGUUAUUAACGUUGCUUGUCUUGCAUUUUUGGCUUCUGAAAAGUGAAAAAAUACGACACUCCCUUCUAAACUUUGAGGAUAUCUGCUGUCAGACUUGCAGGUUCAAUACACACCGCUGAAAGCUUGACAGACCUGUGCCUAGUUACGGUUGCUAACGUAUGAUUGGACAGUGGCCGUUCUAGGGAGGGGCUUAGCAGGCCAGAGAAAGCACCCAUAUCUAUUUUAUAUUCCUGCAGACGACAAAGAAAUUCAUACUGUCGACAAGGGCAUGAUAUUAAUUUGUGAAUUAUAUUUUUACAUGUUGAGUGGUAAAUACGGGAGAUGUAUGUUUUAGGGCUUUACCUGCAAACUCACUCAUGCAUUCAAGUGCCUGUCAUCCACAGCGUAUAUAUUUUGAUUAAUAGAGAAAUCACUGUGAUUCAUUUUUGAGUCAGGUUUUUGUGUUUCGUCAUCAGGGGCCAUUGACAUUUGUAAUCGUGAAUCAAUAUUACAUCUUUAUGUUGUAUUUCAUCAUUGUCAGUAACUGACUAUCAAUGAGGUUCUGAAGUUUGUAUGAUUAGCCCAUGGAGACUAUCACUGAAAAUUCUAGUGAGUGUCUUAUAUAUAUAUACUGUAUAUAUAUAUAAUUUCUGAUUUCCUAAAUCCUUAACUGCUUUUCAACGUAAAUAUUAUACUGUAUGUCUCACAACUGACAUGUUCAAUAAAGAACGCUUGUUCUUUCUAUUGUGACUCCCAUACCCACACUAACGAGCGCUGAAGAGCCCUCAACGGUUGUUUUAUAAGCUCCUGACUGCAUUUUGGUUUCUAACAUUGAUUAAAUCUCUCUGUAUAGUGAAA